UCCACAUGGCGAACCAUGGCAGGAACGUCGAGAUCGCGCCCAACACCAACCUCUUAUCAACAAAACCAAAUCCCUCCCUCCUAAAACGUAAUUGACUCAAUUAUCUCUCUCUCUCUCGGACAAGAGAAGACCGUCUCUUUCAUCUUCCCAAAAUAGCAGAUCCGCGAUGUCCGCCAUUGCUACUUCUGCUGCUCUCUCUUUUCCCUUCUCUUUCUGCCGUUCUACCAAGACUUUUACUACAAGAAAGUGUUUCAAAGGGGAAUUUGGAGUGUUUGCAGUGUACGAGGAGGCAGGUGGGUUAACAAACAAGAAAAGCUCCUGGUUGACACUCUUUGAUGUGGAAGAUCCAAGGUCAAAAUUUCCUCUGUCUAAAGGCAAGUUCCUGGAUGCAAAUCAAGCUUUAGAAGUUGCUAGAUUUGAUAUACAAUAUUGUGAUUGGCGAGCUCGACAAGACGUACUUACAAUAAUGCUCCUGCAUGAAAAGGUUGUGGAAGUAUUGAAUCCUCUAGCGCGUGAAUAUAAAUCUAUUGGGACCAUGAAGAAGGAACUCGCGGAGUUACAAGAAGAACUUUCUCGGGCUCACCAAGAGGUACAUAUAUCUGAGGUGCGGGUUUCUGCUGCUUUAGAUAAGCUAGCUCACAUGGAAGCAUUGGUUAAUGAUAGGCUGCUUCCGGAGAAGAGUACAGAAGAAUUAGAUUCCCCAUCUUCCUCCACCGGUACGUCUACAGUAUCUAGAGAUACUGCUAAAAGCAAGCAGCCUAGGAGAACCCUCAAUGUGUCAGGUCCGGUCCAAGAGUACAGCUCGCAUUUGAAGAACUUUUGGUAUCCUGUCGCUUUCUCUGCUGAUGUUAAGGAAGACACAAUGACACCAAUUGAUUGCUUUGAGGAACCGUGGGUGAUUUUUCGUGGGAAAGAUGGAAAACCUGGAUGUGUCCAGAACACAUGUGCACAUAGAGCCUGCCCCCUUCAUUUGGGUUCAGUGAAUGAGGGUCGCAUACAAUGUCCUUAUCACGGGUGGGAAUAUUCAACAGACGGAAAAUGUGAGAAAAUGCCAUCAACAAAAUUUCUGAAUGUCAAGAUCAAAGCUCUGCCAUGCUUUGAGCAAGAGGGAAUGAUAUGGAUUUGGCCUGGAAAUGAUCCUCCUGCAGCUACUCUUCCUUCUUUACUGCCACCUUCUGGAUUUCAAAUCCAUGCAGAGAUUGUCAUUGAACUUCCAGUGGAACAUGGGCUACUUUUGGACAAUCUUUUGGAUCUUGCACAUGCUCCUUUCACCCAUACGUCUACAUUUGCUAAAGGAUGGAGUGUCCCAAGCUUUGUAAAAUUUUUGACUCCUGCAUCUGGUCUGCAAGGAUAUUGGGAUCCAUAUCCAAUAGAUAUGGAAUUUCGACCGCCUUGUAUGGUUCUAUCAACCAUUGGAAUCUCAAAGCCAGGCAAAUUGGAAGGGCAGAGUACCAAAGAGUGCUCUACACACCUUCACCAACUUCAUGUAUGUUUACCUGCAUCUAAACAGAAGACAAGGUUGUUAUAUAGGAUGUCACUGGAUUUUGCUCCCGUACUAAAACACAUCCCUUUCAUGCAAUACGUGUGGAGGCAUUUUGCUGAACAGGUUUUAAAUGAAGACCUACGGCUUGUGAUUGGUCAGCAAGAACGGAUGCUCAAUGGUGCUAACAUUUGGAACCUGCCUGUGUCAUACGAUAAGCUAGGAGUGAGGUAUAGAAUAUGGAGAGAUGCUGUAGAGAGUGGAGCAAAGCAGUUGCCAUUCAGCAAAUGAACAUGGAACUAAUUCAAGGACAGAUUUUACCUCUCAAGAUGAUAAUACACUCUAAACAAUUUUAGCUCUUUAAAGAACUUCAGGAUCUUUCUUGGUAUAUGACGCGGCUGCACACUUGUUGCUCGUGGAGAUACUAGAGCAUCCUGCUCUUGGUGUAUGCCUAAAAGGAGAUGAUUUCAGCAUAGCUUCCCAUGUAAAUUAAACUGUACACUAAUUGCUUUUUGGUUCAUGUACAGUGUAAACAACCUUGACCCCCCAUCAAUUCUUUCAUGUUUGCCCUAGCGUCCCUCCUAGAAAAUCUGGAGGUUUUUUUUCCAAGUCAUGGAAAUGGUCAUCCAUCAUGUAUCAUAGUAUCAACCUUCUCAGAUUUGAAUUGAAUACACAAUUUUUUGCCAAAAUGAAGCAAAAGGAAGAUCUGAUUCUCUA